GGGAGUCUCGGCCGACGGUGUCCACAGCCCCGAUCUGCCGCAACCGGAGCCUGGGGCGGCGUGGUCCCUGUGGCGCUCCGGAGGCGCCUCUUUGUCCGAGUGCUCUGACCAGACAGCCGUAUCUGGCUUGGAACCGGCACAGCGAUGAGCCGGGCAGACGUGGCCAGGUGACACUCCACCUCCUUCCCCAACCCUGAAAAAUAGCUCCUGACAUCUGAACUGUGGACUAUUAUUUUAAUUGGACCACUUGCAACUGGAACAAGUUUCGCUUUGGAAUCAUAAUGACCACAGAAGGCAGGGGAACUUUAGGUCUCAUCCCCAGGAACUCUGUUUUCCAGAAGCAGGAGGGGCACCUGACUGUGAAGCAGGAGCCAGGGAACCAGACCAGGGGACAGAGCUGCAGUCUCCCAAAGAACCACCCUCCUGUCUGUGAAAUCUUUCGACUGCACUUUAGGCAGUUGUGUUACCAUGAGAUGUCUGGGCCUCAGGAGGCACUAAGCAGGCUCAGGGAGCUCUGUCGCUGGUGGCUGAUGCCAGAGGUCCACACCAAGGAGCAGAUCCUGGAGCUACUGGUGCUGGAACAGUUCUUGAGCAUCCUGCCUGUGGAACUCCAAACCUGGGUGCAGCUCCAUCACCCUGAAAGUGGUGAGGAGGCUGUGGCUGUGGUGGAGGAUUUCCAGAGACACCUCAGUGUACCAGAAGAGGUUUCAGCCCCAGCACAGGAACAGGAAGUACAUAUGGAGGAGACAACAGAGGAAUCUCCUACCUCACCUCUCAAUGGGGGUUCAGCCCCUGGAGCCCACCUGGAGCCUCCUCAUGACCCAGGGGCACACCACCUCCCCAAUGGGCAUUUCGCUCAACUUGGAUCUGUAAUUCCAGCUCUUUCUUUAGUGGGGAACUCAGGACAUCAAGCAGUGGCCACUGUGCUUCAAAGGGUCAAGGCCCAGGAGACUGCAAUACAUGAGGACCUGUCUGUGGACUGUACAAGGAAGUGGAAAGGCCCUGCCGUCAAUCAGAGAGCCCUGUACCACAACACAAUGCUGGAAAAUUACAACAGCAUGAACUCAUUGGGCGAGAACAGGAUGGAGAGUUCUGAAUUCACUGUAAAGCAGGCCAUUGCUAAAGAAUCAGUGUCAUCUGAUAGGUCACCAAGGGGACAUUUUGGGUUGGCUUCUGUAGGUCCAGAAACUAGAGAAGUCUGUGAAGACACUUUGAGGAAACUGGAAGGGCAGCCCUCAGAUGAAGAGGGGAACAGACUGGAAAUCAGUUUCUUGGAAAUAACAGAUGAGGAUAAGAAAAACUCCACGAAAGACAGAUGUGAGACUUAUAAGGAAGUAGGGGGGCAUCCAAAUCUGUCCCCCAGUUCUGAUGAACAUCACGGAGUCCCAAAGGGACAGAAAUUCUUUCAGUGUGAUGAAUGUGGCAAAGUGUUCUAUCGGAGUUCACACCUUAUUGGCCACCAGAGAAUCCACACUGGAGAGAAACCCUAUGAAUGUAAUGAGUGUGGUAAGACCUUCAGGCAGACCUCCCAGCUAAUUGUUCAUCUCAGGACCCACACUGGGGAAAAGCCCUAUGAAUGCAGUGAGUGUGGGAAGACCUAUCGGCACAGCUCCCAUCUCAUUCAACACCAGAGACUCCAUAAUGGGGAGAAACCCUACAAAUGUAAUGAAUGUGGAAAAGCUUUUACUCAGAGUUCUCAACUCAUUGAUCACCAGAGAACCCAUACUGGGGAGAAACCUUAUGAAUGCAAUGAGUGUGGAGAAGCAUUCAUUCGGAGCAAAAGUCUUAUCCGACAUCAGGUCCUUCACACUGGUAAGAAACCUUACAAGUGUAAUGAGUGUGGAAAAGCCUUCUGUUCCAACAGAAAUCUUACUGACCAUCAGAGGAUCCACACUGGAGAGAAGCCUUAUGAAUGUAAUGAAUGUGGCAAGGCCUUUAGUCGGAGUAAAUGUCUUAUUCGACACCAGAGCCUCCACACUGGGGAAAAACCAUACAAAUGUGGUGAAUGUGGGAAAGCCUUCAGUCAGAAUUCUCAACUCAUUGACCAUGAGCGAAUUCAUACUGGAGAAAAACCCUUUGAAUGUAGUGAGUGUGGUAAGGCUUUCAGUCUGAGUAAGUGCCUUAUUCGGCACCAGAGGCUUCACACAGGUGAAAAGCCCUAUAAAUGCAACGAGUGUGGAAAAUCCUUCAAUCAAAACUCUCACCUCAUUAUACACCAGAGAAUCCACACUGGUGAGAAGCCCUAUGAAUGUCACGAGUGUGGGAAGGUGUUCAGUUACAGUUCCAGCCUUAUGGUACAUCAGAGAACCCAUACUGGGGAAAAGCCGUACAAAUGCAAUGAUUGUGGGAAAGCCUUUAGUGACAGUUCACAGCUUAUUGUGCACCAGAGAGUUCACACCGGAGAGAAACCUUAUGAAUGUGUUGAGUGUGGGAAAGCUUUUAGUCAGCGUUCCACUUUUAAUCACCACCAGCGAACUCACACAGGAGAGAGACCCUCAGGUCUGCCUCGACAAUAUGUAUGUACAGAGUGUGGGAAAGCCUUUAGUCAGAGUGCCAACCUUACAGUGCAUGAGCGGAUUCACACAGGAGAGAAACCCUAUAAAUGUAAGGAGUGUGGGAAAGCCUUCAGUCAUAGCUCCAACCUUGUGGUUCAUCGGAGAAUCCACACUGGACUGAAGCCUUACACUUGUAGUGAAUGUGGGAAAUCUUUCAGUGGUAAGUCACACCUCAUUCGGCACCAGGGAAUCCACAGCGGGGAGAAAACCUAUGAAUGUAAGGAGUGUGGGAAAGCUUUUAGUCGGAGUUCAGGGCUUAUUUCACAUCACAGAGUUCACACUGGGGAGAAGCCCUACACUUGUAUUGAGUGUGGGAAAGCCUUUAGCCGCAGUUCAAACCUUACUCAACACCAGAGAAUGCACAAAGGAAAAAAAAUAUACAAGUGCAAGGAGUGUGGGAAAACGUGUGGUUCUAAUAUGAAGAUUAUGGACCAUCAGAGAAUUCACACAGGGGAGAAACCCUAUGAAUGUGAUGAGUGUGGAAAAGCUUUCAUCUUAAGGAAGACCCUUAAUGAACACCAGAGACUUCAUCGAAGAGAGAAACCUUACAAAUGUAAUGAGUGCGGGAAAGCAUUUACUUCUAAUCGAAACCUUAUUGAUCAUCAGAGAGUCCACACUGGAGAGAAACCAUAUAAAUGUAAUGAGUGUGGGAAAACCUUCAGGCAGACUUCUCAAGUUAUUCUACAUUUGAGAACCCACACUAAAGAGAAACCCUAUAAAUGUAGUGAGUGUGGGAGAGCCUAUCGUUACAGCUCACAGCUUAUUCAACAUCAGAGAAAACAUAAUGAAGAGAAAGAAACCUUGUAGAUAACAUUGUCAGUAAUAUAGCAAAAUGCUACUUUCUUUGAAAUAAUUUUCAGUAUUAAUUUUAAUUCUACUUGUAAGAAUCCAAAUGGAAAAUAAUAAUAGACAAAGGUUAACAAAAGGGAUAUUUAUGCCAGCAUCAGACAUAAAUGUACAAGAGAGAGACCUCGAUUUUCAGUAGGAUGGGGUUAAAAGAAUGAUGCUCUAUCUAUAUGAUGGUUCUGCAGCCACUGUAAACAUUUUUAAAGAAAAUGUGAUGUCAACUGUGCAUAGUGGCGCAUGCCUGUAAUCCCAGUGGCUUAGGAGGCUGAGGCAGGAGGAUCAUGAGUUCAAAGCCAGCCUCACUAAUUUAGCAAGACGCUAAACAGCUCAGUGAGACUCUGUCUCUAAAUACAAAAAAGGACUGAGGAUGUGGCUCAGUGAUUAAGUGCCCUGAGUUCAAUCCCCUGUACCAAAAAAAAAAAAAAAAAAAAAGAAAAGAAAAGAAAAUAAUGUCAUGGGGAAAUGAUUUGGACAAAAUGGAAGAUAAAACUGGGCAUGGUGGCAUGUGCCUAUAAUCCCAGUGACUUGGCAGGCUGAGGCAGGAGGAUCACAAGUUUGAGGCCAGCCUCAGCAACAAAGUGAGGCCCUAAGUGGCUUAGCG